UCACUUUCACUUUUACUCAAGUAUGACAAUUGGGUAGUUUUUCCACCCGUGUGGAUAGGGUACGCCUAUUAAUACAACAACUAGAGAAACGGAUCUGAUUAAAUUAUUUGUAUACAUCACAAUAGGUAUUUUUAUCAGACGAAUCAAGGGUGUACGUCCCAUGAACCCUACUCUCUCCGCCCUCCUGAAGAUCGCAGCCAGCUGAUGUAAAGUGUUUUGAGAAAGUUCGCUGGCGGAGCAAAGCUACGAAGCGACAGAGGUUUUCCUGGUGAGCCCGCAACGGACCAGCGGCGGACAAGAGGAGCGUCAUCAACUCCCUUUAAUUUCACAACACACGCGUGCAAAAAUGUGGACGGAGGUGAAAAACCAGACCAAAAAUGUAUUUAGCGAUGGAAACACCUCGGAGAGAGCUGUUCCAAUGCACACAUGGGUCCUCGCUACAUAUGAACAGCGCAAUGAGUCAACGGCCAUCCCUCGUCCCUCAUACACAGAAGACCCCCAGGCCAGAGGCAGUGGCAUCAUUCCAGGUUUCAGUUGGAACAUGCUCAAUGUUUGUUUCCAUGGUGGAAAAGAAAAACACUUAAUCAGACACGUGUCAGGUGGCCAGACCCAGGCAGGCCAGAGGUCUGGAAGACAGCGUGACAUUCCGCUAGCCACGGUAAUGGAGCCAUUGCAGCUGCAGUAUUCAUUGGUUUCGUAUUGGGUCUCUAUGCAGUUCUGUGGAAGUGUAUGGUCUCACCACCCCAAAGGAAGAAGAGGAGGGUGAGGGUUCAAGACAAGAGGAGCCAACUAUGCUGACUGACAAUCAGGAUCUCAUCUAGGCCAUCUGGCCAGAGGAUCCAACUCCUGCAUCAAACCCCGGCCAGUCAAACGGACCCGAAAAGAUCCACUCAUACUGACUUGAGUCUCUCAUCAGGAUGUUCCUGGACAUCAGAGAGGAAAUGGAGAUUCAGAAACAUUUGCAUAGAGCUAGGGGAUGGCAUAAUUAUGGAUCUAGCUUAUCAUGGUCAGAGGAUGGACCGGAAUCUAAGGAUCCGGUCAAAUGGAUCUAAAAGGAUCUUCUAAAUUGCCUUAAGAGGAUCCACUCAAAUGGCUAAAGGAUCCAACUGAAGUGUGUCAGAGAGCAUGAACAAACAAUCUAAAUCAGUUAAGCUGGGGUCUGCAGACCCAUCAAACUUGUAAACAUUUUUGUAUGUAAAAAAAUAAGAAUAAUCUGAAUAUUACUAACAGGUCAAACACAUUUUUGCCAAGAGAUCUGUUGAAUUAGUUUAGAGUGUAAAUACAAUAAAAUGUCAUAUUAUUAAUAUACAAUUUAUGUUCUUAAACCCUGGACAACGUGGGCCUGGGAGGCUCACAGGGAUAUUGGCAUCUACAGUACUCACCAAUUAUACAUUUUUCAACUCAAUAACCCAUAGUGUGUGUGUAUAUAUUUUAAACUGCAGUUUUCUUUCUGUCUCAUGGGAAAAUGUGUAGAAUUGCAGAAUAUUAGUGCUAAAGCCGCAACAACACAAACUCUUUGCCCCAUGACAAAAUAUGUCAAGAGGCUGGCCUUUUAAAAUGUUCCUCCCCAGGACCGAGCCUUGGUUCGUCCGGCCAUACACUGAAGUCAUAGUAAAACACCGUGUAUGCUAUUUUUCUCACUCGAGUUGUUCUGAUUGAGUGGGUCCCUUUAUAUAUUUGCUAUCACAAAAGAGGUGCCGGACCCCAAUACUUUGAGAGAGCCUGAUCUAAAUGAUUCUAGGAUCCACUGUAUGCCACAGUGCUAUGCCUGCGUGAGAUGCUGACUUUAACUGAAGCGUAGCUAUACUGUUGUCUGCAGGUCACUGACAGUUGACAGUGAAAUCUGUACUACUGAGGAAGGAGGCAGCACAGGUCACUGUUCUUCCUAUCGGUCAACAAGCCUACUGGCCUGGCAAACAUGUGGGUAUGUUUUUUUUUCUUCUGUUUGGGUGAAAGUGUGUGUAGAUUUUGAUUAGGGUUGACUACAUGUGUUUGAAAGGAAAGUGAUAAUGAAUGGGAAAUUUGCUAAUACUUUAUAUAUUUGGUUGUGCAUGUGAUAUGAUGCUUUAGGUGAAUGAUUGAGCUGGAGUUAAUGGCCUUAUGAUAUCCAGGUUUUGUCAUGUUACUUUUCCUCAGGAUGUGACUUACUGUUCCUUUCAUUAAACUGUGAUUUGUGUUCUUGCACUUUUACUGAGUUUUCCCUUUUUUACUUUUAUCAGUUAAAUCUGAAUUUACACCCGAGUUACUACUUAGUGUUGGGAGGAAUGUACAUUCACUGAUUAACGAACAAUGCAAAUUAUGCAACAGAACACUAGGAAAGGAGAGGUUUAAAAUGAGCUCAAAAUUGUCUCUGUCAAAUACUAACAAAUUAUUGUGUUAGUGGGAGGUCUUGAAGUCAUACAAAAUUAGAUGAUUCUAAGAAAUUCAAGUCUUAAGUCCUUUGGGUUUUAUGUAACUAAUAAACUUGUAAAAUGUU